AUGUGGCAAAAAAUUGUUCUAGUGACAGUGUUGGCAUCGUUUGCCUGUCAGCAGCUCGUUUGGUCGAAAACGGUUGCAGUGCCGGAAGCGGUCAAGAAAGUUCUGCCCCGUGCUGACAGUGAUGUGCUGAUCGAGUUCGAUCGGCUGUUUAACCAGCUGCAUUACGAUGUCGACUACAAGCUGCGCGUGCUGCGCAUGAACCAAUCGCUCGCGAUCAAGAACCUCAACGCACAGUUCAUUUCGCGCUUCGGCAUUGUAAUCACACAGAUCCAGGAGGAGAAGUUGCGCGUUAAGGAUGCCAUCCUGCAGCACGCUCUGGAUAUCGGCGAUACGCAGAAUCCGUGCAUCGUCGAGCAGAACGAUGAGGCCUUGCGUCAGGCGACACAGUCUGCGGCCGAUAUUAGUCUGGCAGCGGAGUUGGCGUACGCCGAUAUGGCUACCGCAUCGCGCGUUUUCUUCUACCCGCAGGUGCAAGCGUUCCAGAACAGCUCGACUGAUUUGCAGAAUGCCGUGUUGGAGAAGCUGGGUCGUUCGAACGCCGUCACCGAACUAGACAUUACGCUUGCCGAGUUGGCCUACAUGUACGAAGGGGAGGAGAACAAAAUCGAACGGGUGCUGGCCGGCAUAGAGGUGGAGUUGGACAACUUCCAGGAAGUUGUCAACAAUGUUCGCCGCGAUAUUUGGGCAAUGUCCGACAUGAUCGGGCGUAAUUUCGUCUUCAACAUGGAGUUGCUGCUCGAGGAUGCACUCCAGUGUUCAUAA